GCCGCGGCGGCUCCGCAGCGCGCCCGCAUGCCUCGCCGAGUCCGAGCGCCCGCGCGACGCGCCCUCUCUCCGAUGUGGAUUCAGUGCUUUUGUCGUCCGCACCACCUCACUCACUUUAAGCGGACUACCUGAUAUUUAUCGUACAAUUGAGCCCAUAUCCUUAUUAGUGCAGUGCCGACCGAGAGCCAAAGUUGUUCGUGGUCUCCCAGCAAUUUCAGUCAGUUUGUGGCAAAGCUGCUCACUAGAUAGCUUAUGUAGCUGACAGUGCCGUCCAGCGAGGACUACUCGAGGAGCAAGCAGAGCUCUCGAGCUCCAUGAGCUCGUUGGUCUGCCACCGCCACAUCCAGUAAAAGUACCAGCGUCGGCAGUCUACUGUCGACUUAUAUGUGCGGCUCCCCGCGCGCCCGCCGCCCGCCACGCUCAUGCCACGCCACAGGUGGUGGGUAGCAGUGACGUGCGGCGUGCUCGCUGCGUGCGCGCUGCUGCCGCUCGCCGCAGGUGAGGGUGACGAGGCGGACAGCGUGGUGACGGUGAUGGCGGUGACGCUGGACGGGUCGGGCGAGGCGGCGCGCGCGCUCGCGGCGCUGGCGGUGGCGGCGCUGGCGGCGCGCGGCGUGCGCGGCGUGGCCGUGCCCGCGCCCGACGCGUGCGGCCCGGCGGGCGCAGGCCCGGCGGCGCAGGCGUGCCGCUACGCCGUGCUGCGCUCGCUGGUGGUGGCGGGCACGCGCGUGGCGCUGCUGCCGGCGCCGGCCGCGCACCCGCCGCACCCGCUCAAGCUGCGCGACGCGGGCCUGAUGGACCUCGGCGACGCCGUGCCUCCCUCGCGCCUCGCCUGCCACGCCUCGCCGGCCGCCUCGCCUGCUGCCUCCGGCUCGCCGCGCUCUCUGCUCGAUUUCACAGAUGAGUCGGUAGCGCGGUCAUACUACUUGUCAUCAGAAGACCUCGAUUCUGAGCUUCGGGUGACGGACGACGCAGACUGGUCUUCCUGCUCGGCAUCCAAUUGCUCGAGCGCUUUGCUGGAGCCCGAGUGGUGCUCGCAGGGCAGGGCGUGCGCCACGCUGCUGACGGACGCGGCGAGCUCGGCGCGCGAGCUGGCGGGCGCGGCGCGGGCGGCGCGGCUGCGCGUGCGCGUGCGGCGCGUGGGCGCGCGGCUGGCGGCGCUGGCGGCGCGGCUGCGGCGCCCGCUGCUGCUGUGCUCGCGCGACCUGCCGCGCAAAGCGCUGCCGUCGCGCUACGCCGCGCUCGCCCCGCCGCCUUGUGAUACAUUUCAAGACAUUUGUGCAUUUGAUCCCUUCCGACUUUUAAAAAUAGUGAACGAACGCGAAUUACACUUACCCAGCGCCAUUAGCGUUCUGGGUCGGCUGCAGCUUAACGAAACGGAGUUGCAAGAUUUCAUUGAGCAAUAUCGCACCGCACCAGAGGCGGCCGCGGCCGCGGUGCUGGCGCGGCACAGUCACUGGGUCGGCCCGCCAAGGGAGGCUCGCACCGCCGUCAUGAUCCCCACGGGCACACAUCGGGAGUCGUUCGACGCCAGUGCGCUCCGGGCGGCGGCUCAGCUCGCAGAAGAGGACUCGAACGCCACGGAAACUGUCAGCUUUAAAGUGGAAUUACUGUAUGACCGGUGCGCGUCUACAUUGGCAUUCAAGUACCUGACCGACGCUCUGGGCGCGGAGUUCGGCGCUCUGUCGGCCAUCGCGGGCCCGGCGUGCGGCGCCGCCUUCGCCGACGUGGCGCGCCAGAGCCCCACGCUGUCCAUGCCGGUGCUGGGCUACACGCCGCAAGCGCCGCCGCCGGCGCCCGCCGCGCCCUUCGCGCUGCUGGCGGCCGGCGACGCGCGCCAGCACACUGCCGCGUGGGCCGCGGUGGCCGCACACAUGGGCUGGCGCCGCCUGGCCGUGCUCAGCGAGCUGGCCACGCGCGCCGCGCUCGACGUGGCGGACCUGGCUGCCGACGUCAUUCUGCACGUCGAGCUGCCGGCCGACAGCGACGAUGUCGACCUUGACAAGAUCUCACAGUGGGCUGCGCGUGCAGCGGCGGCGCGCGCGCGCGUGCUGUUCGUGUGCGUGGAGGACGCGCGCGUGGUGCGCGCCGCGCUGUGCGCCGGCCGCGCCGCCGGCCUGCUGCCGCGCGCCGGCGCCGUGUGGCUGCUGCCCGGCGCGCUGCCGCCCGCCUGGCUGCGGCCCGGCGACGCGGACGCGCACAACUGCUCGGCCGCGCAGCUGCGCGAGGCGGCGGCCGCGCACCUGCGCCUGGCGCCGGCCUGGCAGGCGGACUGGGACGCGGCGCUGGCGGCGGGCGCUGUGCACGCGCGGCGCUUCGCCGAGCGCCUGAGCGUGCACAGCGCGCGCGCCGGCGCCGGCCCGCUGGCGCGCCCGCCCGCGCACGCCGCGCUGCUGUACGACGCGCUGGCCAUGUGGCACGCCGCGCUGGCGCGCCGCCUGGCCGCGCAGCCCGCCGCGCUCGACGACCUGCACCACCGGGGGAUCGCCAGAGCGUUGAUAGAAGACGUGACCAAAAACGAGUUCAGCGGGCUGACGGGCAAGUUCGAGUGGAGCGGCGCGGCACGCGUGGACGACCUCGUGCUGCUGCAGAGCGACGGCGACGCGGCGCAACGCGUCGGGCGCUGGCGGCGCGGCUCGGGGCUGGCGCUGGGGCCGGCGGCGCUGCGCUGGCUGACGCCCGACGGCAGCGCGCCCGACGACGGCACGGAGCGCUGCGCACUGCAGGCACUGGCCGACGCGCUGGGCGCCGACUGCCGCACGGCCUUCGUGGCGCUGGGCGCGCUGCUGUUGUGCCUGCUGGUGGCGGCGCUGGCGGCCGCCGCCUGGCACUGCAAGCGUCGUGCUGAGCGCAAGUACCGCCGCCGCUUGGCCGCGCUCGGCCUCACUCGCCUCGACCCGAAGCCUGGCGGCCUAGACCGCUGGGAGAUCCCGCGAGAACGCGUCGUCAUUAAUCGGAAACUCGGCACCGGUGCUUUUGGCACUGUCUACGGAGGUCACGCUCUGCUAGCGGAGGACCGCGGGUGGUCAGCGGUGGCUGUUAAGACGCUGAAGGCGGGUGCGUCCACUGAGGAGAAGUUGGACUUCCUGUCUGAGGCCGAGGCCAUGAAGCGGUUCGAUCACAAAAACGUGGUGCGGCUGCUGGGAGUAGUGACGAAGACGGAGCCGGUGUGCACGGUGAUGGAGUUCAUGCUGUACGGCGACCUGAAGAACUACCUGCUGGCGCGGCGCCACCUGGCGGCGGGCGGCGGCGCCGAGGUGUCGGCGGCGCGGCUGACGGCCAUGGCGCUGGACGCGGCGCGGGCGCUGUCGUACCUGGCGCAGCUGCGCUACGUGCACCGCGACGUGGCGGCGCGCAACUGCCUGGUGAGCGCGCACCGCGUCGUCAAGCUGGCCGACUUCGGCAUGACGCGCCUGGUGUUCGAGAACGACUACUACCGCUUCAGCCGCAAGGGCAUGCUGCCGGUGCGCUGGAUGGCGCCCGAGAGCCUGGCGCUGGGCGUCUUCUCGCCCGCCUCCGACGUCUGGUCCUUCGGAGUGCUGCUGUAUGAGAUCGUCACCUUCGGCUCACUGCCAUUCCAAGGAUUGAGCAACGCGGAGGUGCUCGCCCGCGUCAAAGCCGGCCACACGCUGGAGCUGCCUGCGGGCUUGAAGCCACAGCUAGAGGGGCUCAUCAAGUCAUGCUGGCAGCAGGAGCACAAGGCGCGGCCGAGUGCGGCCGAGGUGGCGGCCUUCCUGGCCGACUCGCCUCGCCUGCUGGCGCCCUGCCUCGACGUGCCUCUGGACGCGCUGCCGCUCGACUUGGACUGCGGCCUCGACCCGUGGCGCGAGUCGCGCGACCGCGCCGAGGCGCGGUGGGUGUCGUGGGCGGCGCCGGCGUCGGCCGCCACCGACACCACGUACCUGAGCGCCGACGCGCCGCCGCCGCAGGACACCGACGCCUUCCUGCCGUGACGUCGCGCCUCCCCUCCGGCAUCUACCACGCUUGCGUCUUCUCACAUUUUUAUCGCAAAUCAUUCCAACAAUUUUCUAGUCAAAAUGCAGGUAUAAAUUGUUAAUAGGCUAUUGUAAUUAAUUUUAAUUAUUAAUAUUGA